CGUUUCCCCGCAGACGCACGGUUUAAAACCAGCCUGUGUCUGCUGCACACUCACACUUCUUCUGUUAAACAGAAAAGUAGAACCAUGGCUAGAACUAAGCAGACUGCCCGUAAAUCCACCGGUGGCAAAGCCCCCAGGAAGCAGCUGGCCACUAAGGCUGCCCGCAAAAGCGCCCCGGCCACCGGCGGCGUGAAGAAGCCUCACCGUUACAGGCCCGGUACCGUGGCUCUGCGGGAGAUCCGCCGGUACCAGAAAUCCACCGAGCUGCUGAUCCGCAAACUGCCCUUCCAGCGGCUGGUCCGAGAAAUCGCUCAGGAUUUCAAGACCGACCUGCGCUUCCAGAGCUCCGCCGUCAUGGCUCUGCAGGAGGCCAGCGAGGCUUACCUGGUGGGGCUGUUCGAGGACACCAACCUGUGCGCCAUCCACGCCAAGAGGGUCACCAUCAUGCCCAAAGACAUCCAGCUGGCCAGACGCAUCCGCGGAGAGAGAGCUUAAACAGGACCCCCCCAGUAAACACAACGGCUCUUUUAAGAGCCCCCACAUGGACA